GUUGUAAUUUUGAUGAAAGCCUCCUCUGUCAGCCGAGAAACCGUCCUCUGCCAACACGCCCUGACGACACCUCGUGGGGUUCCCGGCUCCCGGCUAUAUAGUGGCGACCUGGCGACGAGCGCCAGGGAUCGUCUGCCCGCUGCACCGCACGCACCUACUGCUGCAUCAGUAGUCUCAGUACGCGCGCGACGCACGCCAGCUUGAGACGCCGUGUCCAUGGCGCCUCGCAGGGCAAGGUCGUCGUCGUCGACGUCGGCGGUAGCGGUGCUGAUGGUGCUCAUGGCCGCGGCGGUCGUGGUAGGCGCGGCGGCGGCGGCGGCGUCGGCGGCGAGGAAGAAGAAGCCGGUGGUGCCGGCGGUGAUCGUGUUCGGGGACUCGACGGUGGACACGGGGAACAACAACGUGAUCGGCACGGUGCUGAAGAGCAACUUCCCGCCGUACGGGCGCGACCUGCAGGGCGGCGCCACGGGCCGGUUCUGCAACGGGCGGCUGCCCCCCGACUUCGUCUCCGAGGCGCUCGGCCUGCCGCCGCUCGUGCCGGCGUACCUCGACCCGGCCUACGGCAUCGAGGACUUCGCCACCGGCGUCGUCUUCGCCUCCGCCGGCUCCGGCCUCGACAACGCCACCGCCGGCGUCCUGGCAGUGAUACCGAUGUGGAAGGAGGUGGAGUACUUCAAGGAGUACCAGCGGCGUCUGGCGCGGCAAGCCGGGCGCGCCCGCGCCCGGCACAUCGUGUCCAACGCGGUGUACGUGGUCAGCGUGGGCACCAACGACUUCCUGGAGAACUACUACCUGCUGGUGACCGGGCGGUUCGUCCAGUUCACGGUGGCCGAGUACCAGGACUUCCUGGUGGCGCGCGCCGAGGAGUUCCUCACGGCCAUCUACCACCUGGGCGCGCGCCGGGUCACCUUCGCAGGGCUGUCCGCCAUCGGCUGCGUGCCGCUGGAACGCACGCUCAACCUGCUCGGCGGCGGCGGCUGCAACGAGGAGUACAACCAGGUGGCCCGGGACUACAACGUCAAGGUGAAGGCCAUGAUCGCCAGGCUCCGGGCGGGGCUCCGCGGGUACAGGAUCGCCUACAUCAACGUCUACGACGACAUGGUCGACAUCAUCGCCCACCCGGAGAAGCUCGGGCUGGAGAACGUGGCCGAGGGGUGCUGCGCCACGGGGAAGGUGGAGAUGGGCUACAUGUGCAACGACAGGUCCCCGCUGACCUGCGACGACGCCGAUAAGUACUUCUUCUGGGACUCGUUCCACCCCACUGAGAAGGUCAACCGCUUCUUCGCCAAAGGGACGACGGCGGUGAGCUUGAGCUUGUUGACGUAGGGGCGGGAUCCCGUUAUGAAAAGGGGAUAUGUUGCGAGCAGUACUGUGAUCGGAGUAUUGGUUAACUGGUGUAGAUACAUAGUACUAGCAUGUAUUUGUUGAGCGUGGGUGAUUCGAUGUACACCGUCCACUCUUUGGGUAACAAGUAAGAAAGAUUAAAUUUACAGA